GUGUGCUGCGUGGCCUGCCGGCGCACGCGCGUGCAAUGGUACAAAUUCCCCGCUGCCCCUUCAGGUUUUGUCAAAUGAAGACGAGGCAGAGCGGGGCUCGGUGCUUGGCAAAAACGACAGCAAUCAGCGCGCCGCGACAGAAGAAGAGGUCUACCCGUUUAAGCCGUCGCGCCCCGUAGCCUUUGGCCGGCAACAGGAACAGGCUGCGCCGUCAAGCGCAUCCGCGCGAUUGGCGAACACCCCCGGCGGCUGCGGAGAACAUCGCGAAGAACUGGCGGCCGCGUUAAAUAAUGGCGGAGGCCAAAGACUCAACACUGGAGCACGGAGCAGUGCAGGGCGGCCAUUGUGUCCAGCAAGGCCAUCGGCGAAGGUGCGUGGGUGCGGCAGAAUCUUCCGGAAUCCAGUAGCACCCCGGUCGCGCACGUCCGGGCCGCUCUAUGUUGGCCCAGCCACCUCCCCGCCGCCAGCGCCGCCCCUACGUACCUAG